ACAACAGAUUACAAAAGAUUCAAAACAAGUCGUCUUUUCACCGGAAGUUACAGGUACAAAAUAUGACGUGACACUUAGAAACUUCCGGAACAGCAGUCUUUUUUAGUCCUACGAAGGUCGAUUAGACACAGACACAUUAGCUACUGUACUGAGUUGAGUCUUCAAAUACGAACUACUUUUCUUGUUAUAUUUGACUAGCUAGCUAUCUUUAUCAAAAAUGCCAAGAGGAAGCAGAAGCCGGACGUCAAGGAUGGCCCCUCCAGCCCGGAUGGCUCCACCGCAACCCCCCAUGGCCAGGGCUGCACCACCUCCAUCCUACGCGCCUGCCCAUGCCCCCCCGUCCGCCAUGGCUGCCCCAGCCGCUGUUGCCCCCCGGCAGCCAGGCAUGUUUGCGCAGAUGGCCACCACAGCCGCUGGGGUAGCCGUUGGCUCAGCCGCAGGGCACAUGAUCGGCCAUGCAAUGACUGGAGGAAUGGGUGGGGGCGGAGGAAGCCAAGAGGCUGCCAAGCCUGAUGUCACCUACCAGGAGCAGCCCCAGCAGUACCAGCAGCAGUACCAACAGCCACCUCCCAUGUACCAGCCAGCCCAGUAUCAGCAGCAGCCCCAGUCCAUGUUCCAGCAGGAGCCUGCACCACAGCAUGGAUCCUGCUCAUAUGAGCUCAAGCAGUUUAUUGAGUGUGCUCAGACCCAGAGCGACCUGAAACUCUGUGAGGGCUUCAGCGAGGUGCUCAAGCAGUGCAAGUUCUCAAAUGGGAUGUCCUGAGAGACAAACAACCCCAGCAACGCUGAACAUACACACUCAACACUUAAAGAAGUAAUUUACAAACACUUGAUAGACUUUGCUUUGUUUUGGCACUUGAUCAAAUAACUGUUAAUCAUCAUAUAUGGACAAUUUAAAAACAUUUUCCUAGGGUUGAUGCUGUGAAGCUUGUAAUAAGUCAUUUCAAAUGAAAACAUGCAAAAAAAUAAACUACACGUUUGUCUUUAAUGCUUAAACAUGGGGUGUAUUCAUUGCGUAUUGUAACGGAAACUGUUUACCUUUAAGAACCAACCAGAGCAAACGGAAUGUAACGGGGAGGGACCUACCUGAAUUUAUCCAAUAGAAACUUGUUUUCGUUGCAAAACGUUUUCUGUUGGGAGUAAACGCUUUUGGUUGCAAAACGUUUUGUAACCGACCAUGUUUUGCUACAGCAUCGUAAUGAAUACACCCCUGUUGUAAAUUAGUCUGGUCCCUAGUCUCAGCCGGCUGGGGACAAGAUUAGUUGUAAAUCUACCUGAUGUAUUUUAACAGUAAUAUUCCCUCAUAGCCUGGUUAAAUCAGACAAAGUAGUGUUUGAAAUCCGUUCGGAUGCCAGGCUAACUCCCUCAUAGAUCAAUGUAAACUUCAUUGUUGGUAGAUAUUCCCUUGGUCCACCCAUUUCCAUCAUAUCUGGAUUAGGGUUGUACAGUCGCAAUUUGCUUGUAACAAGUUUAGGAUCUAAUAAAGCGCUUCACAUUAAAGACUCUUCUGAA